AUGGUCAAGGCUGUCGCUGUCGUCCGUGGUGACUCCAAGGUCACUGGCACCCUCGUUUUCGAGCAGGAGCAAGAGUCCGCCCCUACCACCAUCACCUGGGACAUUAGCGGCCACGAUGCCAACGCUAAGCGUGGUGUGCACAUCCACACUUUCGGUGACAACACCAACGGCUGCACCUCGGCCGGCCCCCACUUCAACCCUCACGGCAAGACCCACGGUGCCCCGACUGAUGAGACCCGCCACGUCGGUGACCUCGGCAACAUCGAGACUGAUGCCCAGGGCAACUCCAAGGGCUCCGUGAGCGACAAAUUCAUCAAGCUGAUCGGCCCCGAGAGUGUUAUUGGCCGUACCGUCGUUGUCCACGCCGGCACUGACGACCUCGGCAAGGGCGGCAACGAGGAGUCGCUCAAGACCGGCAACGCUGGCCCCCGUCCCGCCUGCGGUGUCAUCGGUAUCUCGCAGUAA